AGCUAGGGUAAACACUAACCAUACCAACACUAUAUAUUGAAGUCGAUGUAACAACUAUAGUCUAUAAUCCAUUAUUUUCCAUCUUCCUAUACUUCAAUUAUUCAAUUCAAUAACAUUACCCAAAAAUAUAUACAAACAAACACCCACUUCCCUUUUUUUAAAAUUUCAAUUUCACCCUCAAUUAAGUAAAAGCUAGAACACAAGAGAGAAUCCUGCUUCCAAAAUUACACUAUUACCCCUCCUCUCUUCUUCUUCUUCCUCUGAUUCAUUGCUUUCACUUUCUCUUCAUUCUUCUCCUUCUCCGUUUCUUCAGCGCCUUUCUCUUCUUAUUCUUCAUUCUGCUGCCGUAGAAAAUAGAAACUCAUUAUGGUGGCCACUGGUGCUACUUCAUUUUUUCCUGUUACUUCAUCCUUGCCAGACUCUGCUGGCAACAAACUUGGUAGUGGGAAUACGAACCUUGGUGGGCUUAAAUCUAAACACGCGUCUUCUGGUGGUUUGCAAGUAAAGGCAAAUGCCCAUGCCCCUCCAAAGAUUAAUGGAACCAAGGUUUCUACAUCUGUAGAACACUUUAAGCAUGAGGAUGUUUUGCCUUCGUCACAAUCCUCUAGGACUUUUAUCAACCAGUUACCUGACUGGAGCAUGCUUCUUGCUGCCAUCACGACAAUUUUCUUGGCAGCAGAAAAGCAGUGGAUGAUGCUUGAUUGGAAGCCAAGGCGGUCUGACAUGCUUAUUGACCCCUUUGGUAUAGGCAAAAUUGUGCAGGAUGGUCUUGUGUUCAGUGAAAACUUUCCUAUUAGGUCGUAUGAAAUUGGUGCAGAUCGAACGGCGUCUAUAGACACAAUAAUGAAUCAUUUGCAGGAAACUGCACUUAAUCAUGUUAAGAUUGUGGGGCUUCUUGGUGACGGCUUUGGUUCUACGCCUGAAAUGUGCAAAAAGAACUUGAUAUGGGUAGUUGCAAGGAUGCAAGUUGUCGUUGAUCGUUAUCCUACGUGGGGAGAUGUUGUUCAUGUAGAAACUUGGGUUUCUGCUUCGGGCAAGAAUGGUAUGCGUCGUGAUUGGCUUUUACGCGACUAUAAUACUGGUGAAAUCUUGACGAGAGCCUCUAGUGUUUGGGUCAUGAUGAAUAAACAUACUAGAAAGCUGUCCAAAAUUCCGGAAGAAGUCAGAGAGGAGAUAGGAUCUUAUUUUGUGGAAUCUGCUCCAAUUCUGGAAGAGGAUGACAGAAAACUAACUAAACUUGAUGACAGUACAGCGGAUUAUAUUCGCUCGGGUUUAAGUCCUAGAUGGAGUGACCUAGAUGUCAACCAGCAUGUUAACAAUGUGAAGUACAUUGGCUGGAUUCUGGAGAGUGCUCCACAGUCAAUCUUGGAGAGUCAUGAGCUUUGUGCUAUGACUUUGGAGUAUAGGAGGGAGUGUGGCAAGGACAGUGUGCUCAAGUCCCUGACUGCUGUAUCUGAUGCCAAUGCCGGCAAUCCAGCUCAAAGUGGACACAUUGAGUGCAAGCAUAUGCUUCAACUUGAAGAUGGUGCUGAAAUUGUGAGGGGUAGGACUAAGUGGAGGCCCAAACCUGUGAACAACUUUGAUAUCGUGAAUCUGGUUCCAGCAGGAAGCAACUAAGGUUUUGAAUGGUUCGUGGUUGGAAUCAUAUCAGUCUCUUUCCCAUGGUUAAAACUGGUUCUAACCUCUGGAGAGUUUUGCUUGUGUUUGUCCAAUCUACAUGUCUUAUAUAUACCUUCUAAUUUGUGUUGCUUUGGUGGGGUUAAAAGGGAGAAAAGUACCAUAAAUCUCAUUCUCAUUGUAAUUAGCUCCUGCUCUACUCUAUCUCUCUCAUCAACACCUCCAAAUUUCAUUUAUUAUUCUGGUUGCUAUAGUGCUAGGCUGGCUUUCUUCAAUAUUUAAUUGUUUGAUCAAAAUGGCUAGGCAUGUAUAUUAUUAUUCUUUUCUAAUUGUCCUUCUAAAGAUGCAAAUUUCCUUGUGAACAUAGCACAAUAAAUAUUAUUAGCCUGUAGUGCAAGAAAUGAUUUAUCCUUCUAAUACAACUGUGAUUGUUUGCUCCA